CCCCGCCGCUCGUUGCCGAACGGCCGCCCCACGGCAGCGGCGGGGCGGCCGGUCAGACGCCGCCGCCGCCGUGCGGGGCAAAUCCGUCCAACCAACCACCGCGCAGCGCGGCCCUCCCCUCCGUACGCCACGCGUACGCCUGCUUGCGUCGCGUCUAUAUAAACCCUCCUGCACCGCACAUCCCCCCGCCCCCCUCUUCUCCCGCACCGCACCUCGCCGUCCAGGCCGCAGGGUGCCGGCCCGGCCAGCCGCCAUGAGGAAGCCGACGAGGCGGCGUCGCUCGAGCUCGAUCAGGAGUGGUGGCGCUGAGGCGGCCACGCUAGCAGUAGCAGCAGCGAAGCUGGGCGUCGCGCUCCGUCACGGCGGCGUAGACGCGUUCGACCGCCUCCCCGACGACCUCGUCCUCGCCGUGCUCGCUGCGCUCGCGGCGCGCGCUGGGAGCCCCACCGACCUCGCCGCGGCGGCGCUGACGUGCAGGAGGUUCCGGGACCUCGCGGCGCACCCCGCUGUGCUGUCGCGGGCGGCGGGGACGGCCGUGGCCGUGCGCGCGGGGGCAUGGUCGGAGGCGGCGCACCGGUUUCUGCGGCGGUGCGCGGCGGCCGGCAGCCUGCACGCCACCUACUUCCUCGGCAUGGUGAGGUUCUACUGCCUCGGGAGCUGGGCGGCGGGGGCGGCGCUGCUGGCGCGCGCGGCGGGGGGCGGGCACGCGGCCGCGCUGUACGCGCUGGCCGUCGUGCGGUUCAACGGCAGCGGCGGCGGCAAGGCGGACAAGGACCCGCGCGCGGGCGUGGCGCUGUGCGCGCGCGCCGCGUGGCUGGGCCACGUCCCGGCGCUCCGCGAGCUCGGCCACUGCCUCCAGGACGGCUACGGCGCGCGCCGCGACGCCGCGGCCGGCCGCCACUUCCUGCUCCACGCCGCGGCGCGCGAGCUCGCCGCCGCCUCGUCGUCAGCGCGCCGCCGCGGCCCCGCCGGGGAGCAGGACGACCACGGAGGCGCCGCGGCGGCCAGCCGGUUCAUGGUGGAGUGGUGGGCGCUGAUGAGCGCCGAGAAGCCCGCGGCGUCUGCGGCAGACGGAAUCAGAUGCGGCGCCGGCGAGGACGCGGAGGAGGAGCUGCGCCUGUGCUCGCACGCGCGGUGCGGGCGGCGGGAGACGCGGCGGCAUGAGUUCCGGCGGUGCUCGGUGUGCGGGUCCGCCAACUACUGCUCGCGCGCGUGCCAGGCGCUGGACUGGAAGCGCGCGCACCGCGGCCGGUGCGGCGCGGCAGCCGCCGCCGCACGCUGGCUCGCCGCCGGGAACGCGUACUGAACGCACGCUGGCCGCUCGCCGACGACACGUGCGGCGCACAUGUAACAUAUCUCUUGUGCAUAGUACUGGAACUACUAGGUAGGGUAGUCGUCGAAGCAACUUAGUUGUUCUUUUCUGUCGAUGUGAGUUUCGAGUCGAGUAGGGAUUAAGUUAAAUGAAGUAGAAAUCUUAAAAAAUCACCAAUCUAGACAUUGUUAAUUAUCUAUAUAUUUGCGUUAAUUUGGAUCCA